AUGCCCGAUGCCGAAGAUCCGAAGCCACCAGAGCCUGAGCCGCAAGAAGAGGCCACCAAACCCACGGACAUCUCGUAUGAGGAGUUCAACGAGUACGCGGACCAGCUAUUCGAGACGUUGCAAGGGAGGCUCGAGGACAUGCAGGAGGCGGAUAACAGUCUGGAGGUGGAGUAUGCUGCUGGCGUUAUGACAGUCGAGAUCCCCAACAAGGGGACCUAUGUGCUGAACAAGCAGCCGCCCAACAAGCAGAUCUGGCUCAGCUCGCCUAUCUCGGGCCCGAAGCGAUUCGACUGGGUCGUCUUUGGCGAAUCGAUGGAUCAAAAGGAGGGCGGUGGCACCGGCGACUGGAUCUACCUGAGGGACGGGUCCUCGUUGACCCAGAUCCUGAGAAAGGAGAUUGGAGUCGAGGUGGGCAUGACUCCUGACGUGGAGUAA